UGAUAUAAUUGUUCUGACCCUUUGGCUUCCCUUUGCACUUCUGAUUUGGGUUCAUGUGCUGGCCCAUAUGUUCUUGUAACUUGGUAGCUUUAGUGCUGAUAGGACUCUAUGGUGGAGAACCAGGUUAUUAUCAGUAGUUGGAUGGUGGGGAUUCCCUUAUGAUCAUCUCUUAUGAUCAGCACUAUCCUUCUUUGUGUUAGCCAAUCUGGUGAAAGCCUGCAACAAGGAGUUGGUUCAUCUGUGCUGCCACCUGUUCAUGUACUGCUGUUAGCCAGUAGGUCUGGAUCACGUGCUAGUCAGGUAAUGUCCAGUUCUUCAAGUUUGUGACUCACUGUUGUACUUCUGCUACUGUGAUGGUGACUGGUUCCUGUUCUGGGAGAUUUCUGGGAUCUGCUCCAGAUCCCGCACCCAAUUUGCACUGAUAUGUUUGUUUUCUUUCUUGCAAAUGUUCUUCUAGUACUGUUCAGUUUUUGUUGUUGGUGGUUGUACUGAUAGCAGGUUAUUGCACUAUAGUUGGGAGAAUACCUUUGAUGGUCUGAAAAAUUGAACUUGGAAAAAACAACUUGCGAAUGAAAUAUUUUAUUUUAGAAUAAUAAAUGCCACAAGACAGAGUGCUCUUAUAUUGCUGACCUUUGAUUCUCCCAAAUGUUUUCUAACAACUUAUAACAUAAUUUUUUUUAUCUCCAGUAUCACAGUAUAACUCCUCACCAGAGAGGAUUUAUUUGAGCAGAAAGUUUGACUCAAUCUGAGUAAACCUUUAUUUUUCUGAUUGGAAGUCUACCAAGAGGAUAAAAAUGAACUUUCCAUCUUGGAAGAAAUAGAAUUUGUACACAGUAGUGAUAGCUAAGAAAAUGAAACUGAAAUAGCAAUGUACAAUUAUCUCUUGGUGCCAUAGCACAUGGAUUUCAAGACUGCAUGUGAAGAGCUGCUUGGGAGAGUUUAUAAGUCAAAGACAGGGAUUUGUUUGCUACAGGAUGGUAAUCAGGAGCCUUUCAAAGUGCGGCUGCACUUAGCCAAAGAUAUUUUGACAAUUCAAGAACAAGAUGUCAUCUGUGUGUCUGGUGAACCAUUUUAUUCUGGAGAAAGAACUGUAACAAUUAGAAGACAAACUGUAGGAGGAUUUGGAUUAAGUAUAAAGGGAGGAGCAGAGCAUAAUAUUCCUGUGGUGGUUUCUAAAAUUUCCAAAGAACAACGAACGGAACUCUCAGGCCUACUGUUCAUAGGAGAUGCAAUUCUACAGAUUAAUGGAAUUAAUGUAAGAAAAUGCAGGCAUGAAGAAGUGGUCCAGGUUCUUCGGAAUGCUGGAGAAGAGGUAACCCUAACUGUGUCCUUUCUCAAAAGAGCGCCUGCAUUUCUGAAACUGCCCCUUAAUGAAGAUUGUGCAUGUGUUCCUAGUGAUCAAAGUAGUGGCACAUCCUCACCUCUGUGUGACAGUGGUUUACAUCUUAACUAUCAUCCCAAUAAUACGGAUACGCUUUCAUGUUCUUCAUGGCCGACAUCUUCAGGUGUUAGAUGGGAAAAGAGGUGGUGUGACCUCCGAUUAAUACCUCUUCUUCAUUCAAGAUUUUCUCAGUAUCUCCCAGGAUCAGAUAUGUGCAGGCAAAAUGCAUUCCAAGUAGUUGCUGUGGAUGGUAUUUGCAGUGGAAUAAUUCAGUGUCUUUGUGCUGAAGACUGUAUUGACUGGCUACAAGCAAUAGCGAUUAAUAUCUCCAAUCUCACAAAGCACAAUAUUAAAAAAAUCAACAGGAAUUUUCCCGUAAACCAGCAGAUAGUCUACAUGGGCUGGACUGAGGAACGGGAACAAGAUUCUCUUCAGGACCGAAUGUACACACCAAAGUUUCUUGCACUAAGGGGUUCUUCACUUUAUAAAUUUUUAGCACCUCCAGUUACAACGUGGGACUGGACCCGAGCUGAAAGAACAUUUUCUGUAUAUGAGAUCAUGUACAAAAUAUUCAAGGACAGUGAUAUACUGGAUCGGCGAAAACACUGCUUUGGAGUACAAUCUGAAAUGGGAGAGGAUCUCUACUUCUCUGUGGAAUUAGAAUGUGAUCUCAUACUAUGGGAAAAGGCCUUCCAAUCAGCAACUUUUUUAGAAGUGGAGAGAAUACAGUGUAAGACAUAUGCCUGUGUUUUGGAGAGUCAUCUUAUGGGGCUUACCAUAGACUUUGGCAUGGGCUUUGUAUGCUUUGAUGCUGCAACAAAGGCUGUACUAUGGCGGUACAAGUUUUCCCAGCUUAAAGGAUCUUCAGAUGAUGGCAAGAGCAAAAUUAAAUUUUUAUUUCAAAAUCCCGACACUAAGCAGAUUGAAGCAAAGGAAUUGGAAUUUUCAAAUUUAUUUGCAGUUCUGCAUUGCAUCCACUCAUUCUUUGCAGCUAAAGUGGCCUGCUUGGACCCACUCUAUGUUGGCAGUCAAGCCACAACUGCCACUACUUCUGCUUCUGUUGCUUCUUCUUCUUCUGCUACUACUACUGCCACAUCUUCUGGCAGCUGCAAAUUAAAAUAUAUGACUUGAUAACUCCCAGUCCUGUACUUGUUUCCUUCCGCAAGUAUAUAAGACUGCUGUAUAAAUAUUUAUCGGCUUAUUCCUUGGAGAACAGCAAGCAUUAGAACCGACUCAAGACAUGUGGCAACUUUCUGCGGAACAUGGUCAUACGGGAUCAUAAAUUAAAUCUCAAUUUUACAAAGCAGCAGUACACAGUGAAGUUGGAAAUCCCAUUGUGGAACAAUCUCUUUUUAAUUUGUAAUUUGUUUGUGCUUUGACAGCAUUCAAAGAAAAAGAAACAAAAAUAAUUGAUACAUCACCAUGCUUAAGCAUUUAAUAUAAUUUUCAAAUCUCAAUAAUAAUCGAGCAGUAUCAUUUCCUCGUUUCCAAAUGUUUUUAUAUGACAAUUUACUCAGCUCUGUGUCUGAAGUAAUAUUCUCUUGAUAGACUAUAUAUGAAAGAAUGACAAGCAAAAGGCAUAGAACAUGUCAGAACCAUGAACUGGCUAUGAAAAGUGAUAACUCCUUAAAAAAAGAAAAAAGAAAGCACCUUAAAUAUCAUAGCAAUUUUGUGUCAUUUGUCAUUUUUAUUUUGUUUUCAAACCAUUAUUGUAAUGAUCAACGUAUAGCCAUAUUAGGCCAACAAUUUUAAAAUUAAAUAUAAAUAUAUUGAAGCCAUUCUCAGUUGAAACCUACAAUAUAAGCCAGUUAGACUGUGUUCACAGAGAGCAGAAAAGGGCUUAUGGGGGGGGAAAUAGGAGGAACUUACAUAAUUGUGUGUUCCUCUUACACAGUUGUUGCAUAAAAACAAAACGUUUGAAUGUUUGUAGUAUUUGUCAGAAUGCCCCAAUAUACUUUAUUUUUGUCUGUAUAAAAUGUUGGAUUACAAACAAUGGAAUGAGAGGUGUCAUUUUCUGUUUUCUGCUGGCUUUAUAAUGGUUAGACUUUUCUUUUUCUUUCUGGUUUCAUUUUAAGUGUUUCCUAUUGUCUCUUUUUAAUGAUCAGAACUGGAAGAGCUCAGGGCUAACAGUUUGCAAAUCCUGCUGUAUGGGAACUCUUUUCUUGCUAUAGCAAAUUAUUGUGUCCCCUGUCAUUCAAUCUAAAAGAUAUGAGCAUUUACAACAUCUACAUUUUCUCAAACUUAACAUUUUAUUCUGGAGUAGAAUAUUGAAACUGAAGUAUUAGAAUGAAACAGUAUCUUAAAUUUAAAUUAAGAAUAGUUCUUAAUAAUUCUUAGCUUUAAAUCAGAUUGCUUUGACCCGGCAACUCUUUAAUAUACAAGGACAGCAGUUUCCGGAUGAAGGUAUCCAUUUUAAGACACGCUGACAUCAUAUGCAUCAUUGUGCUAAUCACAUGGAUGAUACUGAUACAAAUUACAUAAUGCAUAUCACUUGCAUAAUAACAUCCUAAAACCCGUGCUGUCUCUUGCAUUCCUAUGUGCUUACUUGCUUCCAACAACAUUCUGUAGAAAAAUUCCAAAAAUGUCUAUCUCAGUACAUUUGGGUUCAUUACUUUUGGGAAGGUUGCCUUAAAUCCACAAAGUAUUGUAUUUCUAGAUACAGAUUUGAUUUAUUGGUGAAAUCUAAUAUUCAGAAUGGUUUUAAUAUGACUUAAUUAGAAGAUAAUGUUAAAAUUAUGCCUCCUGCAUAAUUUUAUAUUUUAUAAAGAUAUUUCUUAUAACCUGCCAGAUUUGGUUCUUAAUUCCCAAACACACUGAUUUACAAUAAAUUGUACAAAGUUUAAUUUUUAAAUGCAAUUUUCAUAUUGUCUACCAAAAAGCAACUAAGAAAUAAGUUCCUUAUUCUCAUAAGGGACUUAUUUACACUUUUGUAGCUUAACUAACAAUUAUUAAAAAUCACCCCACAAUAAACAAGUUUUUUUUUUAUUCUCAUAGUAGUUAGGAAAAGAAUUGAGAAGUUCUAAAAAAAACUAAGAUGGAAUUCUUAUCAUUCUAAUCCUAAAUAUAUAAUAAUCCCUUUCUAGUUAUGUUCUUUAAUAAGUAUGCUCUUCAACUAUAAUAUUUAUGGACUGAUUUUAAUAUACUCCUUAUUCAUGAAAUAUUAAGUGUUUGGAAAAACACAUUUCUGUGUAUUCAAAUAACCUUUUUUGUUCAUAAUGUAAGGACUGGGCAGAUAGGAAAAUGUAUGGCCAAGUAGCUGUUCGUACAUUCAGAGGUAGCUGAGAGAAGUUUAGGGAGUAACCAUUUCAAUCUGAAAAAAAGAGACAUGACUGCGUCUGUGUGUGUGUGUGUGUUUGUCUGUGUGUUUGUCUGUGUGUGUGUGUGUGUGUUACAGAUAAAUCCUCCUUCAACUCUCAUAUUUAGAACAGAAUAGAAUAACAGAGUUGGAAGGGACCUUGGAGGUCUUCUAGUCCAAUUCCCUGU